AUGACUUGGGCAGCCAAUAUGAAACAUCCGAACCAGCGACACGGAAGACGACCUCAGAGGAGACAGUCUAAAAAUAGCUCACCUCCUCCUGAGCAAUUUGACAAUUCGCCAAGAGGAUCUCCAAAACUAGGAUUUUCUCAUCACGACGGUCAGUUUUCGUCGGCUGACGAGAACAGUAGGGGAAGUCCCAGCCCCAAAUUUGAUGCAGGAAGCAUUGCAUAUGCAGGUGCACGUUUCAGCGAUCCUCCUGCCCCGACAGUGCUCCCAAAACCCCCGUCUCACUGGAUGAUGAGUACUGACUUUGUGGAAACAAGUCACUAUGAAAAUGUCUCGAGUCACUUGAAAAUGCUUUUAAAAGUGCAAGUUAGUGCAUAG